GGCGCAUUGACGUAACCUUCAUUUUGAUGACUAUUCUGUUGUUGCCAGUUAUUGCUGAUUAAUAAUUGUUUAUAAUUAUUCAUUCAGUUAUAAAAAUUUUUUCAACAAAAUGUCCAAACGUAAAUAUAAUGAAUACGACGAUUCGGAUGUAACAAAUUUUGGAGUGAAACUAGAUAUAGAUGAUGCAAAAGCUGCUUUCAAAAAUUCAUUGGAUUCUGAUGAAUCAGAUGAUGAAGAAGCAGAAGAACGAUACAAUGUUAUGACAGAAAGGGAUAUGAAUACUUUUAUAAAUACAAAAGGAGGAAAAGGUGAAGAAAGGUUAAGACAUUACAAUAUUCAACAUCCUAAAGAUGAAGCAUCAGCAUCAGAAACAAAUACAGGAUUUACUGCAUUUAAUAUGAAAGAUGAAAUUGAAGAAGGACACUUUGAUGCUAAUGGUCACUUUCUUUGGAAAAAAGAUAAAGAAAUACGUGAUAAUUGGCUUGAUAAUAUUGAUUGGUUAAAGGUAGAACCUAGUAAAGAUGGUAGUAAAUUAAAUAAAAAGGAUGACUCUGAAGAUAGUGAUGAAGGUGACAGCUUAAUGUUCAAUCCAAUACCAUUAUAUCAUCAAAUUUUAGAAUAUCUACAACCAGGAGAAACUAUUUCGAAAGCUAUACAAAGAAUAGGUGGAAAGUUGAACAAGCUAACAACAGCUCAAAGGUGGAAGAGGAAAAAAGAUCCAGAAGCUGCAAAAGAGGAUGAAGAAACCUCAAAAAAAAUAACACGCUUGACAGAACUUGCUAAUGAAUUGCUAACUCGUACUGGAAAUAUGGAUAUCUAUCAAGAAAGUUAUGAACAAAUAAAGAAAAAAGUAACUGCUGCAGAUAAACAGAAAAAGGAUGCAGAACUGGAUAUGUAUGCAGAUGAUUUUGAUGUAAAAGAAAAAGAAAAAAUGGAAGAUGUAGAUAAAAAUACAGAUGCAUCAACGUCUCAAGAGAUCAAUGACUCUUCCAUAGACUCAGAAGUGAAAUGGGAAUUGAAAUGGUCACAAGAAGAAGGUGCUAAAAUCCAUGGACCUCAUACAAGUCAACAAAUGUAUGCAUGGGCAAAUGAAGGUUUUUUCAAAAAGGGUGCAUGGGUACGAAGGAUUGGAACACAAGGAGAAUUUCAUAAUGCGACUCGUAUUGACUUUGAAUUGUACAUAUAAUUUUCAUAAUAGCUAAUUAAUAUAUAUCAUUGUAUUUAAUGUAGCCGACGUUGAUACAGCUCAUUGUACAUACAAACUUGAACUUUCUGAGGGAUUCUUUUUUAUUGCAUUCGUAUCAUAAAUACUGACUAUAAGUAUAUCAAUACUUUAAUAAAUUAACUUUUUUAUAACUGUACAAACUUUACAGGAAUUAUUUUAAACUUAUAUUGUCAUAUGUUCAACGUCUUCGUCUUAUUUUUUUUCUUUUAUUAUUAAAUGCAUUUUUCAAUGAAAUUUUUUCGAGAUCAAGAUUAUUGGCAAAAUCAAGUAAACUUCUACCACCAUUUCCGAUUUUCGACCAUUCGUUUGCAAAAUUAUCAUGAUUGUUGUGAUCCCAUAUUGUUGGUGCAGAGUAAUCUGUAACAAAUUAUAAUUAAAUUGUAGUUAAGUUAGCAUUUAAUAAUGAUUGUAUCCAGAAAAUAGUACACUAAUAUCGUCUAAGAGAACUCUGGUAUAAAAGAAUUUUCGUGAUUCAAAUACUGUAAAAAUGAAGUAUGAAAGAAUAAAUUAUCUGCAAUUUCUU